UUGAAUCAGUUUUGAUUGGAUUCGUAGGAAGAAAUAUGUCAAGAGAUAGAAAUAUGCUCUCAGUGUUUGUUUGAGCCGGAUUCCGAUGACUAGUUUCCCAGAUAUGUAAUUAUAAUUGAUAAUCAUAUUGAUUAGCUGAAUUGAAAGCGAAAUAGUUGCUCAUUAGUUUCAUUUCGUAACUCAACAACUAUAACGAACGGAAAUCAAUUAUGGGUGAAGUCAAAGUGCGCCCGGCAGUACGAGAAGACUGUGAAGGAAUAAGAAGCUUAAUCCAGCAACUCGCAGAUUUUGAAGAUAUGUCGAAUGGUCCAAAAAUUGGAGCGGACACAUUAGAAAAUGACGGGUUUGGUGACCAUCCACUUUUCCAUUGUCUCGUCGCUGAGAAAAAUAGCAAAUUAAUAGGCUAUGCUUUAUACUAUUUCUCGUAUUCAACUUGGGUCGGAAAAGCCAUGUACCUGGAGGAUUUAUAUGUGAUUCCUGAUCUUCGGGCGCAGGGAGUUGGUUCCCUACUCUUCGACGCCGUUGCAAAGCAAGCGGUGCACCAGAAUUGUGGUCGAUUGGACUUUGCGGUAUUAAAAUGGAACCCCGCGGUCAAUUUCUACAAGCGCAGGGGAGCAAUUGACUUGACGGAAACGGAAGAGUGGCAUCACUAUCGGUUGAGUUCCGAAGCUUUGAGAGAAAGAUUUCACCUAAAUCAAAGGGGAGAGGAAAGGAGACCUUCGGAAAUAAGGUGGGGAGAUUGUGUUUUAGAUUCAAAUUUUUGGGAUGAAUCUGACGAGUCAAUCUUCGCAAUAAAAAAAGUAUAUGACUUCGAGUUGAAUGAAGAGGAGAGAGAAGGAAUUUUGUCGGAUCGAUUGAUUGAAAGCCGCUUGAGCCGUCUGGCCAAAUGUCCCCAUGACGAGAGUUAUGCUUUGACAAAAUGUAAUUUAAGUCACAUGAAUCUUGUCGAUAUAGCGGCGUUGCGAAAGUAUAAAUACCUCCAAUACUUGAAUCUUUCUUAUAACAAUUUGGAUGACCUAUCACUUCUGGGUAAAUUUCCCUAUCUUGUACACCUGGAUGCAUCCCACAAUAAGCUGACGUCUCUGUCACUGCUCCCAUCCCCAUUAUAUUUAACUUACCUGGAUCUGUCUUACAACAACAUUACGACUAUGAGUGACAUGUCAGAGUUUUGGAGCAUCGUGUACCUAGAUCUUUCGCAUAAUUCUAUCGAAUUUAUUUCAGGACUACAAAAUCUCAGACAUUUGAAGCAUUUGAAUUUAUCUCACAAUUUAAUCGACUGCGUCCGCAACUUGGAUAAUCUAAACAUUGAAAACUUGAACUUGGAGUUCAACCGUAUCACGAAAUUCCGGUCAUCUUCGGGCGAAGGAUUGGAGAAUCUUCGGAAGCUCAGGGCUCUCCUUCUGAAUCACAACAAGAUUUCUUCCUUAUUUUUCCUCCACAAUGCUUUCUACUCCCUCCGAACUCUCGACCUGAGGCACAAUAAAAUAGCGGAUCUGUUGAGCGUAUCAAACGCCAGAGCUUUCCUCGACGAAAUAGACCUUCGAGGCAACUCCUGCACUACCUGGCCAUAUUACAGAGAAGUUCUCUUGCAUUCAAUACCCACUCUCACUUGUAUCGAUGAGUGUGAAGUCACUAUUCCUGAAAAGGUAUCCGCACUGGCUAAAUUCAGUCCGCCAGUGGAUCUCUUAUCCUCCAAGGCUCUCAGCAAACUGAUCCUGCUGGAGCACUUGAUCCCUCCAAGUCUCGAUGACAGCGUCAUCCCUUACGAUCAGCCUGAUCCUGCUCUGAUAGUCCUGAGUGGACCCUCGGCUGUUAAGAAAAUACAUCUGGGUCUCCUUAUCGCCAAGAGAAUGUCGGAUAAGGUAAAGUACUGUCGGAGUUACACGACGAGAGAAUUUUCAGCUCAUCAUGACGAGGUCAAGGCUUACAAAUUUGUGGAGAGAGAGGAUUUCAAUGCAAUGGCGAGAAAUGGAGAGUUUCUGACGGUUGAGGAACUUGUCGGAGAUAGUUAUGGAUUUCAUGCUGGAGAAAUCGUGGCAUUACGAAAAGAAAAUAAAAUUGGAAUAACUCAAAUGGAUCUUGAUGCAACAAUCCAACUGAAGCAUCGAUACCCAAACGUUAAAGUAAUUCUAGUGAUGACGAAAAACGAGGAAAUUCAUAGAGAAUGGAUCAGAGAGAAAUUCAAAAUAUUCACCUGGAUCAAAGACAGUGUUGAGAAUUUGCUGGCAUUAACGAUAGGAAGAUUGUCACGUGAAAAUCACGUGGAAUCGGCGGUUAGCAGAGCGAAUUUCAUAUCUCAGCUCAUGAGUGAAAUUAUUCAAGAUCUCGAUUUGCCAAAUUAUUGUGAUUACGUCAGACCUCAAGGCACCGGGGCUACUGCUAUGGAUAUCAUCCUCCAGAGCCGAAUGAUGCUGCGCGGAGUCACUAAGACUGCUAAAGAAGUUAUUGCAGAGAAGCAUAUUCAGUUUCAAGAGAAUCGUGGUGAUGGAGGAGUGGAGAAUGCUCCCAGCGCUACGUUUUCUGAUCUCAAAAUAAUUCUGGACGAACACAAGAAUAUAAUAAUCGACGAUGAGGAGUCGAAAAGGCAACGGAGAAUGAAAAGAUUUCUGCAUCGUCGCAAAGCGUUCGAAGAAAAAGGAGAAACGCCAAUUGACAUGAUAUCUGAAUCGAGUGAUGAGUCGCACUACCGGUUUUUCGAAAAUUUUAAACGAGCUGAUGAGCCGAAAUAUCUAAUGAAUUACUACGUGGAAGUGGUGAUGAGGUCGAGACAAGCGUACAUCGAUAAGCACUUGGAGAGUCCCGGAUUUUAUUCGCUCACAGUGUUUUCCGACGAGUACGACCACGCGCUGAGUGCCCUCAUCGAGUUCGUCAAUGCACAAAUUGACCAGAAAUAUGAAAAAUGUGAAACUCCCGAUAUUGAGUAUCGGAAUGAGGUGAUUGUUCCGAAGGUUAUUGAUAGCAUCCUCGGUGAACUCAACGCGAAUUUUUUUCCGAGAGAGUUUUGA